CAACUUCAUGGCUCUACAUUCUACAGUCCUCCCAUAAGCUCUGUUGCACCCCUUGCUAUAUAAAAAGUGAUCCAUCUCCUCUCCAAUGUGGGCAUCCUUCUAUUGCUUUCUCUCUCUAUCUCACUCACACACAAGCACAAAACUAUUAAGGAUGAAGAAGACGGGAUUUAGCUUUAGAAGCGUGAUGUCCAUGUUUCUGAUAGCCUUCCUUGUUUGGUCAUCAAAUAUGGAGGGUUGCCAUGCCAGGAAAAGAAGGCAUUGGGCGCAAAACAGAGGAGACACAGUUUCUUUGUACAAGAAGAAAGGGAAGAGCCACGGUAGUAAACAAAAAUCCAAGACUCCGACGACUUCCCCAAAGGAUCAUCCUACAUUAGCUCCAGUUCCAAGUCCAAAGCAAAGCCCCUCCUCUUCCUCUGUCUUUAAUGUUCUUAGCUUUGGUGCCAAGGGAGACGGAACAAGUGAUGACACAAAGGCAUUUCAGGCAGCAUGGGCAGCUGCUUGCAAAGUUAAGGCAUCAAUGGUUUUGGUUCCAUCAGAGUAUGAGUUUCUUGUUGGCCCCAUUUCAUUCUCUGGUCCCUACUGCCAACAUGACAUUGUUUUUCAGCUUGAUGGCACCAUUAUGGCUCCUACGAGCUCCAAAGCUUGGGGCUCAGGUCUACUACAGUGGCUUGAAUUCACAAAACUAAUAGGACUCACAAUCCAAGGGACGGGAAUCAUAGAUGGAAGAGGCUCCGUCUGGUGGGACAAGUAUCCAUAUAUCGAUCCAGAAUAUGAAGAAUUAGAUCCACUUAUUCCAUUUAAUGAGACAACGGAAGAAAUUCCGCCUAUACCAAUAAGCAGUGCAGAGACAGGGAAAAUGCCAAGCAUUAAACCAACUGCAGUAAGGUUCUAUGGGAGUUUUAACGUGACAGUCACAGGCAUUACCAUUCAAAACAGCCCUCAAUGCCACCUUAAGUUUGACAACUGCAUGGGGGUGUCCGUACACAACAUUGCCACCUUAUCUCCAGGUGACAGCCCCAAUACCGAUGGAAUUCAUUUGCAGAAUUCAAGGGAUGUUCUAAUCCGAAAUAGCAAUCUUGCAUGUGGAGAUGAUUGUGUGUCAAUACAAACUGGAUGCACAAAUGUGUACAUACACGAUGUCAAUUGCGGACCUGGACAUGGAAUCAGCAUAGGAGGACUAGGAAGGGACCAAACAAAAGCUUGUGUCUCGAACAUUACUGUCCGGAAUGUAGUAAUGAAGAACACAAUGAAUGGUGUCAGAAUAAAGACCUGGCAGGGUGGGUCAGGGUCUGUGAAGGGAGUAUUAUUCUCAAAUAUUCAAGUUUCUGAAGUUGAAGUGCCGAUAGUUAUAGACCAGUACUACUGCGACAAAACCCAAUGCACGAAUCAUACAUUAGCUGUGGGUCUUUCAGGAAUAACCUUUGAAAACAUAAGAGGAACGUACACAGUGAAAGCAGCACACCUUUCCUGUAGCAACACAGUGCCAUGUACUGAUGUUACCUUGACCAAUUUACAACUUAAACCUCUUCAAGAACAUAACCACAUGUAUGAUCCCUUCUGUUGGCAGAGUUUUGGGGAAUUGAAUUCCCCCACUAUCCCUCCUAUAAAUUGCCUACAACUCGGAAAGCCAUCAAAUGAUCAUGCUCAAGUUGAUACUGAUAUUUGUUGAACUUAGCAUAAUAUAUCUAUAUAUAUAUUUAUAUUUAUAGAUUCUGGUGUAUGCAGUUGUGUGGUUGGCAUGAUUUGUCCAACCCCCUUUUACACCAUCAUCAUCAUCAUCAUCCAUAUGAUAUAAUUUUAUAUAUGUAAACAAUUAGUGUUGGAAGAUAUGAUUGUUGGCCACAAGUAGUGAUUUAAAGACUUCAGCUAAGUUAAUAUUGUUAUCA